UGCAUCCUGGCAGCUGCAAAGAAAACAAAACUUUGAAAGGGGACAUUUUAAAAACAGUUGAACUAUUUCCCUGGAAGGAUCCUGUUUUUUCUCAUCCUCAUUCUCAGCUCGCCUAAUAAAUACAGAAUCCUGCCUUUUGUUUCUUUUCUUUUCUUUUUUUUUUUUAAACUUCAGUUUCACUUUCAGAAUUGCAGGAAAUUUACCACACUGAUGUUCCUGACGAAAACGUCUGAAUGAAAAAAGAGAACGGUCUGCAGUCAACGUAGCAGGUGAAGGUGAUCUCUUAACUUCCUAUGGGACAGAAUCUCUCUCUGGAUAAAAUCAGAAAGUGCUUGGCUUUUAACAUUUACUCUCUGCCUUUGAGCUGGUGACUGAGAUUGUGUCAGAAUCAUUCAAGAAAGAAUGUGGAAGACUGAUACUGCAGGUAGAAUUCCAUGUAAGAAGUAACUACAUUUGGGAAGAAGGGGGUAUUGAUGAGGGUAGAAUCAUGAAAGGGCAUUUGUCUUACCAAAUCUACUCCUUCUGGGGACUCUUGCCCCUGUGGAUUCUGUGUGCAUCUUCCACCAACACAUGCACCGUGAGACAUGAAGCAGCUGACUGCAGCCAUUUGAAGUUAACACACAUUCCUGAUGACCUCCCUACAAACAUAACAGUGUUGAAUCUUACCCACAACCAACUCAGAAGAUUACCACCUGUCAAUUUUACAAGAUAUAGCCAACUUACUAUCUUAGAUGGAGGAUUUAACUCCAUUUCAAAACUGGAGCCAGAAUUGUGCCAAACACUACCUUUGUUGAAAGUUUUGAACCUUCAACACAAUGAACUAUCCCAACUUUCUGAUAAAACUUUCAUCUUCUGCACAAAUCUGACUGAACUCCAUCUAAAGUCUAACUUACUACACAAAAUUGAAAACAAUCCUUUCAAAAAUCAGAAGAAUCUAAUCAAAUUAGAUCUGUCUCAUAAUGGCUUAUCAUCUACAAAGCUAGGAACUCAGCCCCAACUGGAAAAUCUCCAAGAGCUUCUAUUAUCCAAUAAUAAAAUCCUUGCACUAAGAAGUGAAGAACUCAAUUUCCUUGGCAAUUCUUCUUUACAAAAAUUGGACUUGUCAUCAAAUCAGAUUAAAGAGUUUUCUCCAGGGUGUUUUCAUGCAAUUGGAAAAAUAUUUGACCUUGUUUUGAACAAUGCUCAACUGAACCCUCAUCUCACAGAGAAGCUUUGUUGGGAACUUUCAAACACAAGCAUCCAGAAUCUGUCUCUGAAUAACAACCAGUUGUAUGGAACCAGCAACGCCACUUUUUCUGGACUGAAGCAGACAAAUCUUACCAUGUUAGAUCUUUCCCAUACUGGCUUGACAAGCAUUGCUAAUGAUUCUUUUGCUUGGCUUCCACAUCUGAAAUAUUUCUCUCUGGAGUAUAAUAACAUACAGCAUUUAUCUUCUCGCUCUUUUUAUGGACUUUUCAAUCUGAGAUACCUGAAUUUGAAACGAUCUUUUACUAAGCAAAGUAUUUCCCUUGCUUCAUUCCCUAAGAUAGAUGAUUUUUCCUUUAAGUGGCUAAAAUGUUUGGAGUAUCUCAACAUGGAAGAUAACAAUAUUCCAGGCACAAAAAGCAAUAUAUUCACAGGACUGAUUAGUCUGAAGUACUUAAGUCUUUCCAAAGCUUUCACAAGUUUGCAAGUUUUAAAGAAUGAAACAUUUUUGUCACUUGCCCAGUCUCCUUUGCUCACACUCAACUUAACCAAAAAUCAUAUCUCAAAAAUAGAGAGUGGUGCUUUCUCUUGGUUGGGCCAAGUCAAGAUUCUUGAUCUCGGCCUUAAUGAAAUUGAUCAAGAACUCACGGGUCAGGAGUGGAGAGGCCUAGGAAAUAUUUUUGAAAUUUACCUUUCCUAUAACAAAAACCUCCGACUGACUAGUAAUUCCUUUGCUUUGGUUCCAAGCCUUAAACGACUGAUGCUCCGGAGGGUGGCCCUUAAAAAUGUAGAUAUCUCACCUUCUCCUUUCCACCCUCUUGGUAACUUGACCAUUCUGGAUCUCAGCAACAACAAUAUCGCCAACAUAAAUGAGGAAACGUUGGAAGGUCUUAAGAAACUAGAAAUUCUGGAUUUUCAGCAUAACAACUUAGCAAGGCUCUGGAAACAUGCAAACCCUGGUGGUCCUGUUAAUUUCCUCAAGGGUCUUUCUAGCCUACACAUCCUUAAUUUAGAGUCUAAUGGCUUUGACGAAAUCCCACUUGAUGUGUUCAAGAACUUAUUUGAACUAAAGAGCAUCGAUUUAGGAUUGAAUAACUUAAACAUUCUUCUGCCAUCUAUUUUUGAUGACCAGGUGUCCCUAAGGUCAUUGAACCUUCAGAAAAACCUCAUAACAUCCGUUGAAAAGAAUGUUUUUGGGCCAGCAUUCAAGAACCUGAGUAAUUUAGAUAUGCGCUUUAAUCCAUUUGACUGUACAUGUGAAAGUAUUUCUUGGUUUGUCAACUGGAUUAAUCAGACCCAUACUAACAUCUCUGAGCUAUCAAGUCAUUACCUCUGCAACACUCCACCUCAGUACCACGGAUUCCCGGUGAUGCUUUUUGACACAUCAUCUUGCAAAGACAGUGCCCCCUUUGAACUGCUUUUCAUGAUCAGUACCAGUAUGCUUUUGAUUUUUAUAACUGUAGUAUUGCUCAUCCAAUUUGAAGGUUGGAGGAUAUCUUUUUAUUGGAAUGUUUUAGUGCAUCGAAUUCUUGGUUUCAAGGAGAUUGAAGGACAUGCAGAGCAAUUUGAAUAUACAGCAUAUAUAAUUCAUGCUUAUAAAGACAGAGAUUGGGUCUGGGAAUAUUUCUCCCCAAUGGAAGAAAAAGACCAAUCUCUCAAAUUUUGUCUGGAAGAAAGGGACUUUGAAGCAGGUAUGCUUGGACUUGAAGCAAUUGUCAAUAGCAUCAAAAGAAGCAGAAAAGUCAUUUUUGUUAUAACUCAUCAUCUGUUAAAAGAUCCAUUGUGCAGAAGAUUCAAGGUACACCAUGCAGUUCAGCAAGCUAUUGAGCAAAAUCUGGAUUCAAUUAUACUGAUUUUUCUUCAGGAGAUUCCAGAUUAUAAACUAAACCAUGCACUCUGUUUGCGAAGAGGAAUGUUUAAAUCACAUUGCAUCUUGAGCUGGCCAGUUCAAAGAGAAAGAAUAAAUGCUUUUCAUCAUAAAUUACAAGUAGCACUUGGGUCACGGAAUUCAGCACAUUAAAUUUAGAUUAAAUCAGCAAAAAGAUAGCUUUGUACUUUAAAAUAUUCCAUCAUAGGCCUGAGUUUUACUUGAAAGUUCUACAAUCUGUUUAUUCAUACUUACAGAUGAUGAUAUGGUCUCACAAUUGAAUCUCAUCUUUUGGAAGUGUUUCUGCUUAUUUCAGACCUCUUAUUGACAAUUGAUCUAGUCACUCCAGAUAAAUAUCUAACCAGUUAACAUUCUGUAUUAAUGAAUAUAUGUUUGAUCUAUAAGGUUUUUCACAACCUCAAAGGGCUUAAAAACAUUCUUCAUUUAAAGACAAGUCAGAAUUACAAAUACAAGAUUUUGUAAUAAUAUUUUUGAGGCAUUUAUAGAAUAAAAGAUAAUUGUUUUAAUAGGUAAUAAGGGUGUUUUAAUUUAAAAAUAACAAAAUAUUUAGAAAUAUUUUGGGCUUUUUCAGUUGAAAGAUUUUGUAUUUUGGUGCCCUGAUGUUGAUUUUAAUAAAUGUUAAAUAGCUUUUAAACCUGCAUACUUAAGGGCAGAAAAUCUUUACAAGUGACUUUCAUUACUUGAUGAAGUUAUUGGGACAAAUGCUUGCUUUUUCCCAAUACUUGUGUUUCUACUGUAGGAAAUUUUCUUAACCAUAUUGAAGAAACGCUUGCUUCCUGAACAUUGGUUAGUAGAUAGGCUUUGUAGAAAACAAAGAAUGUCCCUCCCUUGGUCACAGACUUGGGAGCUGGCAUUGGCCACAUCACUUGGUCUCACUGGGAUUCCCUGACUCCUCAUUUUGAAAAUUAUAAUGAUGGAUAAAAUCUCAAAUAAUUAGUGAUGAUGAUUAUGGGAUAAUAUAUGCAUAUAUUAUACCAUUACAUAAUAUAAUAUGAAUAAAUUAGUCCCUAUUUAGAAAAAUACUAUGUUUGGUUUUAUUUUUUCUUAAUUUUUUCAAAAUUAUUUUUAUUUUGUAUGUAUAAGUGUAUUGCCUGCAUGUAUGUGAGUGCACCCAUG